AGCUAGCUAGGUGGCAAGCAAACAAACACUCCAUGUGGUCUCUCCAUCUCACCCCAUCCAUCGGGACCAAUCUUCGAUACUCUUCUCCUAUCACGACCUUGCUGCCAACCUUCAGUCCACAACUUCACGCAUCAUUCCACUCUCACACUCUACCCUCUCUUCUUCUUCUUCUGGAAUCCAGCUGCAGCGGCAAAGCCAGAUCGGAGGAGAAUUUCUAGCUAGUUGUACAAGAGAAGCCCCGCGCAAGUAGAGGAGAGGAGGCCGGAGAAGCAUGUGGGAGUCGGAGAGCGACGCCGGCGAGCGGGGGCUCGUCCCCGUCCACGGAGUCGGCGGCUCUGACCGGCACGACGGGCUCAAGAGCGACGGCUUCGUUCGCAGAGAUCAUUCUUGGUAUGUCAACAGCGAUAUCCCCAGCGAUUUGCUUGUCAAAGUGGGCGAUGUGAGCUUCCAUCUUCACAAGUACCCCAUGAUCUCCCGGAGCGGCAAGAUGGGCCGCGUCAUCUACGAGUCGACCACUGGCGCGGCCUCGGCGGCGGCGUUGGACCCGGACACGGCCGUGGCGGAGCUGGACGACCUCCCCGGCGGCGCGGACUCCUUCGAGCUGGCCGCCAGGUUCUGCUACGGCAUGGCGGUGGACCUGACGGCGUCCAACAUCUCCGGGCUGCGCUGCGCCGCCGAGUACCUGGAGAUGACGGAGGACCUGGAGGAGGGCAACCUCAUCUUCAAGACGGAGGCGUUCCUCAGCUACGUGGUGCUCUCCUCCUGGCGCGACUCCAUCGUCGUCCUCAAGAGCUGCGAGGGCCUCUCGCCCUGGGCCGAGAACCUGCAGAUCGUGCGCCGCUGCAGCGAGUCCAUCGCCUGGAAGGCCUGCGCCAACCCCAGGGGCGUCCGCUGGGCCUACACCGGCGCCGGCAGCGGCAGGCCGCCCCGGAGCGGCGCCGCGAGCCCCCGCUGGAACAACGCCGGUGGCGGCGGCGGCGGCUCCAAGGAGUCCAGCCCCGGUCGCGGGCAGCCCGUGCCGCCCGCCGACUGGUGGUUCGAGGACGUGUCCGUUCUCCGGAUCGACCACUUCGUGCGCGUCGUCACCGCCAUCAAGGUCAAAGGCAUGCGGUUCGACCUCAUCGGCGCGGCGAUCACCCACUACGCGUCGAAAUGGCUGCCGGGGCUCACCAAGGACGCCGUCCCCCACGCCGGCGGUGGCGUCGACGAGCAGUGGGCGCAGGUCUCCGCGGCCGGCGGGCUCCACAUGAUCAUCGCCGGCCCGGGCGGCAAGGACGACGUGGCCACCAGCGCGCCGGCGCGCGAGCAGCGCAUGGUGGUGGAGAGCCUCAUCAGCAUCAUCCCGCCGCAGCGGGACAGCGUCUCCUGCGGCUUCCUCCUCCGCCUGCUCCGCCUCGCCAUCAUGCUCAAGGCCGCCCCGGCCCUCGUCACGGAGCUGGAGAAGCGGGUGGGCAUGCAGCUCGAGCAGGCGGCGCUGCCCGACCUCCUCAUCCCCUCCGUCGGCCGCGCCGACACCGCCUACGACGUCGACCUCGUGCAGCGGCUCGUCGAGCACUUCCUGGUGCAGGAGCAGACGGAGCAGGUGUCGUCGUACAGCCCGGGGCGCGGGGAGGCGCACGCGCAGCCGGAGAGGGAGUACUACGGCUCCGCCGCGGGCGCGAGGAUGCCCCCGGCCAACGCAGCGGCGGCGGCGGCGGCGUCGUCGUCGUCGGGGCUGGGGCUGAACGCCAAGGCGCGCGUGGCCCGGCUGCUGGACAGCUACCUCUCCGAGGUGUCCCGCGACCGCAACCUCUCCCUGACCAAGUUCCAGGUGCUGGCCGAGUCGCUCCCGGAGUCGGCGCGCGCCUGCGACGACGGGCUGUACCGCGCCGUGGACUCGUACCUGAAGGCGCACCCGGCGCUGACGGAGCACGAGCGGAAGCGGCUGUGCCGGGUGAUGGACUGCCAGAAGCUGUCGUUCGACGCGUGCAUGCACGCGGCGCAGAACGAGCGGCUGCCGCUGCGGGUGGUGGUGCAGGUGCUCUUCUCGGAGCAGGUGAAGAUCAGCAACGCGCUGGCGGGGUCGUCGGCGCUCAAGGCGGCGCCGGACGGGGGGGCGCCGACGCGGCGGCAGCUGCUGGACGCCACGCCGCAGUCGUUCCAGGAGGGCUGGGCGGCGGCCAAGAAGGACAUCAACACGCUCAAGUUCGAGCUGGAGAGCAUGAAGGCCAAGUACCUGGAGCUGCAGCACGACAUGGACGCGCUGCAGAAGCAGGUGACGCAGUCGCCGGCGGGCGAGCACGGCGGCAAGGCCGGCGGCAAGGCGCAGCAGCAGCAGGGGCCCUCGGCGUGGAGCAACGGGUGGAAGAAGCUGGGGAGGCUGGCCAAGAUGACGGGCGCCGAGGCGGCGGGGCCCGGCGGCGGGCACGGGCACGCGGGGGCGGGGGCGCAGGGCGAGGCGGCCAGGAAGGCGCAGAGGAGGUGGAGGAACUCCAUCUCGUGAUGGAUCAAUCGAUCGACCUCCCUUCCUGGUGAGCAGCGAUAGAUGCAGUCAGUCAUGCUUGAUUAAUUACUGUAGGAUAAGCGAGAUGUUGUCCAUGGAGUUUUGCUUGUGAUGAUUUCCAUCUGUGCAGACUGCGUGUUGGCUUGGCACUUUGAUUUGCUUGUGUGCAGUUGCAGUUGCAGCAAUUGGUUUGUUUGAAUGUUUUGAAUCUGGCGGGAAUCUGUUGUAGCAUUACCCACCGUGGACAUGACUGCUAGUCAACAAGGUCGAUCGCAAAAAAAGUGGAGUACUCCCUUAUGAACAGUAUUUUUUUAAAAUAAAACAAUUCUGGUUUUU